GCCAUGUACAAAAGUAACCGGAGCACUGUGGGAGGAUUUUUCCUCGCUGGUCGCAGCAUGGUGUGGUGGCCUAUCGGUGCCUCCCUGUUUGCCAGCAAUAUUGGCAGCGGACACUUCGUGGGCCUGGCUGGGUCAGGAGCCGCGGCCGGGAUUGCUCAAGGGGGCUUCGAGUGGAAUGCUCUGUUUAUUGUGGUGCUGCUGGGAUGGCUGUUUGUGCCAAUCUACAUCACGGCGGGGGUCGUCACAAUGCCAGAAUACUUAAAGAAGCGCUUUGGGGGAAACAGGAUACAAUACUACUUGUCUGGCCUGUCCCUCAUUCUCUAUGUACUCACCAAAAUCUCGGCUGACAUGUUUUCCGGAGGAAUAUUCAUCCGUCAAGCGAUCGGCUUGAAUAUCUACUUGGCUGUCAUCUGCCUCCUUAUAAUUACCGGCCUCUACACUGUGACUGGUGGCCUCACUGCGGUGAUUUACACCGACACCGUGCAGACUGUCAUCAUGUUGGUGGGCUCCUUAAUCCUCAUGGUCUUCGCGUUCAACGCUGUGGGGGGCUACGAUGCCAUGUACGAAAAAUACAUGCUGGCCAUCCCGACGCCGCCACCGCCGGAGAUGAACAUCAGCGAGGAGUGCUACACACCUCGUCCAGACUCUCUGAACCUACUGAGGGACCCCAUCACGGGCGAUCUGCCAUGGCCCGGCCUCCUAUUUGGCCUGACCAUCAUCGCGACUUGGUACUGGUGCACCGAUCAGGUGAUUGUACAGCGCUGCCUGUCUGCCAAGGAUAUGUCCCACGUAAAGGGUGGCUGCAUCAUGUGUGGUUACCUCAAGCUGCUGCCCAUGUACCUCAUGGUCAUGCCAGGCAUGAUCAGCCGCAUUUUGUACACAGAUGUUGUGGCAUGUGUGGAGCCUGAGAAAUGUAAGGAGUACUGUGACACGGACGUGGGCUGUACCAACAUUGCCUACCCACUGCUUGUCAUCAACCUCAUGCCAAAUGGCUUACGAGGCUUGAUGCUGUCCGUAAUGUUGGCCUCCCUCAUGAGCUCCCUCACCUCCAUCUUCAACAGCGCCAGCACACUCUUCACCCUGGACAUCUACAACAAAAUCCGCACAAGUGCCACCGAGCGUGAACUCAUGCUUGCUGGCAGGGUGUUCAUCCUGGUGCUCAUUGGGAUCAGCAUAGCCUGGAUUCCCAUCAUUGAGGGUGCUCAGAGUGGGCAACUCUUUGACUACAUUCAGUCCAUCACCAGCUACCUGGGGCCCCCCAUCGCAGCCGUCUUCCUGCUUGCCAUCUUUGUCAAGCGUGUCCAUGAGGAAGGAGCCUUCUGGGGCCUCAUUUUUGGGCUUUCUGAUUGGCAUGUCCCGCUUGAUUACUGAGUUGCUUACGGCACAGGAUCUUGCAAAAAAACCAACUGCCCCACUAUCAUCUGUGGUGUGCAUUACCUCUACUUUGCAAUUAUCCUCUUUACCAUCACCUGCGUCCUCGUUGUGGUCAUCUCACUUUUCACAAAACCCAUUGACGAUAAACACCUUCAUAGGUUGGUGUGGAGUCUCCGCCACAGCAAGGAGAAGCGUGAAGAUUUGGAUGCAGAAGAAAAGGAAAUAAAUGCGCGGAAGACUGAAGGAGAAAGGAGGUUGUGUUGGCUGCCUGAGAAAGGCGGCAUGUGGUUCUGUGGCUUGGCUCUGCCCCCCGAAGAGCUCACCAAGGAGCAAAUGGAGGCCCAAGAAAAACUGCGCACAGAUAUCUCUGAAAAACCUUUAUGGAGAAACUUUAACAAUGUCAAUGCAAUCAUAAUCAUGGCAAUUGCUGUGUUCUUCUGGGGGUUCUAUGCAUAAGUUAUUUCAUGAAAGAGUUUCAAAUUGCAGUUUAAGUGACACAUACUGCUCAAAUAAACAUAAGUAUCAGUGGCAAAACAAUCACAUCUGGAUAAAAACAAGAGUGAAACAUGAUUUCUGCAGUAUGCAUUUUGUUCACGUGAUUUUUUUCAAAAUAGUUUUCUAAUUGUGCUAUCAGUGUCAUGGCAUGAGAUGGAAAAUCCAUAAGAAACUCUCAGAGAGCAGUGCGUAUGUUAAAGAACAGCCUAAGGAAGUACAUAUGACAAAACUACCUCCGAGAUUACUUCAAAUAACCUUUUUUCAUCCACAUUAGGGGGGGGGGGGAUAUUCCUGGACAAGUCCUCCGUGUGGCGGUCGAUCUGAUAUUUUUUAAUAACCAGAACUGCCAUUUAUUUAAAUUACGUAACAAUAUUUUUUUACGUGACUGGAUUUUUGUGUGCAGUCAUUGCUGACUAGAGACCAUCUACAGGGCACACUUGAGAAGCUGGUAUUAUCAUGAAUCAAACUCAGGAUUGCAGUGAUGCCAGUUCAGUGGUCGCACGACCUCUUGCGUCGUGCAAUUUAUUUAAAAGGUGCAGCUUGUUCCUGAGUCUGCAUCAUAUGAAACAACUGUCAAUGCAUGUCAGUACAUGUGUGAAAAAGUGUGAAAAACAUAAAUACAAUCUCUAAAGGAGCACAAUAAUAUUAAGAUUGGUAGAAAUAAAAUCGAUGUUUUCUAUUAUUUAUGUACAUUAACAAUAAUUUAUCGGUGAUAGCCUGGUUUUUUUUCCAUUUCAAUUAACCAGAUUGUCUAUCCAAAUAAUUUUACAAUUCAUUUGAAAUAACGAAUUUAAGAUUUUCAAACAUUUUGUAGAUAUAUGACAUCAGAUGCUUCAUGUUUCAACUGCACUGGAUAUAUAGGUAAUGUAAUUGUACUUGAAUACGGUAUAGUAAACUUGUGCCUGCCAUAGAAAUGUGUAAUGUGCACCACUGUUUCAGGGCUGUAAACGGGAGAUUAGCGCUCAUUUGAGCAGGAUAUCAAAACACCAAAAAUAUAGAAUCUGAAGACAUGUAUAAAUAAUACUAGAUUGUAACUUGUGUAUUGUACAUUCCGAUCGAUAAGAAAAUUCACGAUUUUUUAUGCAAUACUAAUCAUACGUCACGCUGGUGAAGACAAGAAGCAUGGAGGGCAUAAAAAUCAGGCUCGAGACCACAAUAAAUUGUACUCUACUGCCCUCUACUGCUCAGCAUAUAGCCCCACAGCAGGUAACAACCCGGUGAACAUGAUGAUGACCCAUCCCUAUCGCUAUCCAGGCCCAUUCACCUGCUUAGCUUCCAAGAUCUGACAAAAUUGGGUACGUUCUGAGUGAUUUUGGUCAUGAGAAAAUGUAUCUCAAUUGUACGCCUUUAUAAUAUAAUUUAUAAUUAACUUCUCCACAUUAUAGCCUUGUUAAAAAAGUCAUCGAAUUAGCUGCCAAUUUUCUAUAUUCAAAUCCCGCAUUGUAUUACACAUUAAGUACUGUUGCAAUGUGCAUAUAUAUUUUAAUUAUUUUAAAUUGAAAAAAAUGAUUUGGUAAUGCGAUACUGUUUUAUUGUGAAAUGUUACCAUAAUAAUUGUACUUUAAUUCGGUUUUUUUCAUGUUCCUUUCGUGUGCUAAUAAAUGGAAGUGCUGCGAGGUUUUCCUUAUAAUGGACAUUUUAAAUUAAAAUUCCAUGAGCUUACACAUAUAUGUAUUAAUCAAGAGACGAUUGUGCGAUGUUUGCAGUGAUUAACUGAAGAUUAAUUUGUGCACAAUGAAAUAUCAUUCUUGUCAAGAUUAAUUUAUAUUCACGUGGACAAUGUUGCCACUUGGUAGCUCAGAAAAUUCUUCGUCAUUAUAGCCAAUGGGAUGUUUUUGUUUUCCCCCUCUCAAGUUAUAUUAUAUUCGAACUUUGUUCAGUUGCAAAUGACAGUACAGUACCUUGUAGUAUUUGGGGAGGGGAAAAAAGAGGAGUGGGAAUUCUCAGUGGCUCUGGAAAUUAAACAGCAUUUUUAUUUGAAAGGUACCGUCAGAUACAAAUUUCCCCAGAAAACAUGAAAGCUCUCGAGCCACGACAAGCUAAAGAUACUUCCAUUAUAUGCCCCAAAAAAACAAGCAAUGAAGAUGUAUAAAUAGGCCAACCUUACAAAGGAUGAAAACAACGUUUAAUUUAGGGGCAAAGCACACUACAAAAAAGGGAAUAUAUAAGGAUGAGGAAUACAUUUGGUAUUUGAGAAUAUAAUGAGAGUAUCCUGUACAGCUAAUACAACAACCACAAAGAUAUUGAACACCUAAAUCUAUAAAAUUGGCAAGGAGGAUGAAAAAAUGUAAUUAUAAUUGAGAAUAGGUUUUCCCCUUAAUUUUCUGGCAACAAAACAGGUGUUAAGAUGUUAAAACACCAAACU